AUGGUUCACCCUGAUGUUUUCCCCAAACAAGUUGUUUCUCCGAAUGUCCAAGGUGUUGUUAUGAAGACGGUAGAUGUUGGCAACCAAUUUAAAAACAAGCAAGAGCUUGAAUCUCGUGAUCAAAUGCUUCAAUGGAUUCGUAUGAAGGCCUCCAAGCUUGGAUUUAGUGUGGUUAUUGGAAGGUCCGAUAAUGGUUCAAAUAGAAGAUGCGUUUUUAUGACAAUGACGUGCAAUAUAAGCAAGAAAUAUAGGACUCCUCUCUGGAAUUUUAAAAAAGAUGACAUUGGUUCAAGAAGAUUUGGCCAUCCUAGUUUGUGUCGGCUCAUGCCGGAAGAGAAAGAAUGCACUGUUAACAUGACAUUGCAUUUGGUUCAACCGAAAAAUAUACUUGCAACAUUGAAACGGAAAAGACCCAAAAGUGAUAACAGUUACAUGUCUAGGUACCGAACGUGCGAGGAUGGAGCUAGUGUUAUAGAUAUAUUUUGGAUUCAUCCUAGUUCUAUAAAGUUGUUCAACAUGUUUUCUACUACGCUCAUACUUGAUUCAACCUACAAGACCAACAAGUAUAGACUUCUAUUAUUGGAGAUGGUUGGUGUUACAUCAACUGAGAAAACAUAUUCUGUUGGGUUUUCAUUUCUAGAGAGUGAAAAGAGGAGAAUGUUACUUGGGCCUUAG